AGGACUCUAUCUCCGCGUUUCCGCACUGUGGCCCGUUUUCUUCUCCCUGUAUAGGCAGGGCGCCUAGGGAGUCGAUACUCCCGAUGUGAUGCCGACCGAAGGGGCAGGAAGUGGGCUCCCAAAUGCCUAGUGUCGCGGGUAGGAUCUGCUUCUGCUCGGGAAGGGCGGCGGCUGUCCCAUUACUCAGCCCUUGAUUUACUGGUCCUCCCAGUUCCUUCCCCUCAGCCAAUAAACAAACACUGGCGCGUGACUCGACCGACUCAAAAACAGCUUCACCUACUUAAAAAAUUGUUUCCUUCUCAUCGCCUUCCGUAAACUUUAGUGCUAGCGCGUAUUAGCGUCUUUCCAGUCUCUUGCUCAAACAGGAGAUCGGGGUUGCGGGGGUGGCGAGUGGCGGCGCGAUGGACCUGGCCGGGAUCCUGCUGGACGAAGAAGGCACCUUCUCCCUCACCGGCUUCCAGGACUUCACGUUCCUCCCCGGGCACCAGAAACUGAGUGCUCGGAUCCGAAGGAGACUGUACUAUGGCUGGGACUGGGAAGCCGACUGCAGCUUGGAGGAACUCUCCAGCCCCGUGGCAGACAUUGCUGUGGAACUGCUCCAGAAGGCGGCCCCCAGCCCAAUCCGCCGACUCCAGAAGAAAUACGUAGCUCAUGUGUCCCGGGAGGCGUGCAUCUCCCCAUGUGCUAUGAUGCUUGCCCUGGUGUACAUCGAGCGGCUCCGGCAUCGAAACCCCGACUACCUACAGCACGUGUCAUCUUCUGACUUGUUCCUGAUCUCCAUGAUGGUGGCCAGUAAGUACCUCUAUGACGAAGGGGAGGAGGAGGAGGUAUUCAACGAUGAAUGGGGAGCUGCAGGGGGUGUGGCCGUGCCCACUCUCAACGCCCUGGAGCGGGGCUUCCUGAGUGCCAUGGACUGGCGUCUCUACACUGACCCUCGGGAGAUCUUUGAGGUGCUGAGCUGGCUGGAGAGCUGUGUGGCUGCGCAGCAGGGGCGGCGGCGGGGCUGGUACACCUACACAGACCUGUGUGUGCUGCUGGAGCAGCCGGCCUGGCAGUUGGCCCUGGGCUCCCUCUGCCAGCGCCUGGCAAAGCUGUCCUGCCUGUUGGCCAUGGCCUAUGUGAGCAGUGUGGCCUUGGCAGUGGCCUCAGUGGCCGUAAUUCACCAGUCCUUGGGCCUGUCCUGCAGCCCCUCACCAGGCCCUCCAGAUCUUGGAUUGGCCUCCAGGAGCCUCUUGGAACCCUGCACACCUUCUUCCGUGCCGCAGUGCCUGCCAUGUCCUAUUAACAUCUCCAGUGGCCAAGAAGGUGACGCAGGGCUGCGUUCACUGUGGGGCAGUCUCCUGUCCUCACUGACUCCUCCAUCAGUGCCUCCCCCAGACCCGCCUUCCCUUCCCGCUCUUCUCCAGAAUUGUCCCCUUUGCCGGAAGCUGCAGAGAGACUCCCCAAGCUGCCAUGCCUGCCACCACGUGAACCGUACAGUUCCCACUGGGCCCCCCAAAGCCGGGUACCACUCCCAUGGCCUGGCUCCACCCUGGCCCUGGAGCCCAGUGCCCCCACUGCUCCCUCAGCCCCAGCCGUGUUCCCUCUUCAGUGUCAUGGAACUAGCCCGUCUCAAGUCUUUCAUUUUCCCAGGCUAGGCAGGCUUCCAAGGAAUACAUUAAGAGGAUCUGGGAGUCCUUGAGAACCUGGAGGGGCAAAGCUUGAUUUAGAUCCUCUCCGCCUCUCUGGGUCCUCGGCUGGUCCCUGUCCUUUUAGGUGAUGAAGCUUAAGGGGUUGUGGGGCAGAAAGACUGAAGGUCGCUCACUCUCCUAGACCUCAGCGGCUGACUGCUUGCCUGGGGCAGUGAGGGUACUUGGGGAAACUUUGGCUUGGUGACCAGGGCCAUGUAACAACCAGCCAGAGAAGCCCCCAUCUUUCUAUCUCCUUGGGUUCUAGACUUGCUGUUGAGUUCCCUAGGAAGGAAGGGGAAAGUAGGGUGAGGGACGGAGGGGAUGUUGACUGGCGGCCCGUGUGAUGUCCCUGAAGCAGGAGAGCCAGGGACGGAUAGGGCCAAGGUUGGAUCUGCCAAGGGAAGGCAGAGGGAGAUGGGAAACCCUCUCCACACCCAUCCCCUGGAUGUGGCCUAAAGGAACCAGGGACUACUGACAUCUUCAGCCUCACCCUUUUGUCUUCCAGCCUCUUCUUACUACUUUGCUCCUGGCCUUCACUCUCUUCCCGUUCUUCUUCUGGGUGUUCUUUUCACAGGCCACCCUGGCCACUGCUUUGUAUCUGGGUUUUUCACGCUUUUGUAGAACUGAGGUUUCAAUAAACAGUGUCAGUUGCA